UUUCCGGCCCGCGUGAGGAGGGAGCCGGACGCCGAGGGAAGGGCAGGGCGAACGAGGGGCUCCGCCAUGGAGGGGGCCGCCGCCGCGGCGGGCGGGAAUUCGAAGGGCUCCGGCCUCGGAGGCCUCUUCGGCGUCGGGGGAGGAGUCGGCGGGCCGGGCUACUCCCACGCGGACCUGGCCGGAGUGCCCCUGACCGGAAUGAGCCCUCUGUCUCCGUAUUUAAAUGUCGACCCCAGAUACCUUAUACAGGACACAGAUGAAUUUAUUUUACCCACUGGAGCUAGCAAAACUAGGGGAAGAUUUGAGCUGGCAUUCUUUACCAUUGGUGGAUGUUGCAUGACAGGAGCUGCAUUCGGGGCACUGAAUGGCCUGCGGCUGGGUUUGAAGGAUACACAAAGCAUGGCUUGGUCUAAACCUAGAAAUGUACAGAUUUUAAACAUGGUGACCAGGCAAGGGGCAUUAUGGGCCAAUACUCUUGGAUCUCUAGCACUGCUGUACAGCGCAUUUGGAGUCGUCAUAGAGAAGACGCGAGGCGCGGAAGAUGAUCUGAACACAGUGGCUGCUGGGACCAUGACAGGGAUGCUGUAUAAAAGCACAG